AUGGCACGCAUCACGAGCGUCGCCGCAUUUGGCCCCGCAGCACCAGUCUACGACUGGCAAUCGGCGCACUGUGCUUCCGGUCGGCCACUCGCGCCGUGCCACCCGUCGCCCUGCCAGCAGUUGCCCUACCGCCGCGACGUUCCCGACGCGCCGGCGAUGGCGUGGAGAGACCCAGUCUCCAACCUCACCUUUAUGGCACCUGGCGAUUCGCGCGGUACUUGGCCUUCUGUCGGUCCGAACCUCGACUCGGUCAAACACGACUGCAGCCUGAUGAUCUUCAACUAUUCUGGUCCGUCCGGCUUCCUGCAGCCGGCGGCAGACUUUAGUAACCACGAGUGGCUGUACGCGCCGUACGUUGUGCCGCCAACAUCAGAAAGCGGCAACAGCACCUUGUUCAUGCUGGUGCAUAACGAGUUCCACGGCUGGGAGCACUCGCCUGUGCUGUGCAAUGCGACGAGCAUGGUCGAUGGCCGCUGCUGGUACAACUCUGUCAGCCUCAGCGUGAGCCACGACGGCGGGCGCACGAUUCGCCACGCGGCACCGCCACCGCGCCAUCUUGUGGCGGCGUCGAGCGAGGUGUACGCGCCCAACCACGGGCCCUACGGCGUCUUCUCCCCGUCCCAGAUCGUCAAGCACCCACGCGACGGCCAUCUCUACUCUUUUCCGAGGUGUCGCUCGAAGGACGGUGCGACAGACGGCGUCUGCCUCAUGCGCACGACAGAGGCCGCCCUGCCGGACCCCUCGUCGUGGCGCUUUUGGCAGGGCGGCGGUGCCGAGGCCUUCACGGGCACCUUUGUAGACCCCUACAUACAGCGGGGCCUGACGGAGCCGGCGGUGCUUCGGUUUGGCAACGAGAGCAGCAGUCCCAGCCAGCCUGUGCCGCGCUACCUACCGAAGCUUGACCUCUUUCUGCUCGCGGGCUACUGCGACAUGCCGGGUGCGCCCGCACGUGCGCACUUUGGCGUGAGCUACGCGCCGGAGCCAUGGGGGCCAUGGUCACGGAUGCAGCCCAUCACGGCCGUGAGCGUUGAUCCGACCAAGGAUGAGCCGUUCAUCCGGGGCCUUUACCCCUCGCUGCUGGAUCCCAACUCGGCGAGUUAUAACUACGACACGAUCGAGGGCGACGAGGCUUACCUUUACUGGGUGCAGGGUCGCAACAAGGAGGUGGUUCACGCACCCGACAUGGCCCGAGACCUCUGGAGGCAGAGGGUGAAAUUCACGUUUGGAGCGGGGAAGAGCGCCGAGGAGUCCUCUAUGCAUGCUGGGUCGCAACCGCACCCCGCUCGGGCGAGCCUGGCCGGCUGGCUUAGAAGCUUUGGUAGGUAA